UGACGUCACUAUGACGACGAAAUUAGAACAAAAAUAAGAAAACGAAACAACAACAUGAGGUUACAACAUGUAUUGUCAUGUUUUGACAAUAUUUGCAAACCUGUCGCUAAGUGCUUGCUGUGAAUAUUGAAAAUUUGCUUAUUUCCUCGCAUUAAUUGACACUCUUAAUAAUGGAGAACCAAAAAGCAAAGAGAGCUAAUAAAGGAGGCAAAGAUUCCAAGCUACAGCGUGGCCGUAGCUUUAAACAUGAGCCAGAAACAAAAGCAGAGAUUGUUAUCGACGACGACCUGCCACAUGGUUGGAAGGCUCAUGUGUCAAAAUCCAACGCUCCGGGAAAGAUUUUCUUUUUCAACACGGCAACAGGUGAGAAAUCUUGGACUAAGCCAAACAUUUCAUCCCAACAGAAAUCCUCUCGGCAAGACAGACCUAAAAAUAUCAAAGGAGAGAUACUCAACUCACUAUCAAAGCAGUCUUGUCAGGAGAGGAGGGAGCGACGUGCCAGUUCUUCUGUUAAGAUUGAGGAUAUUAAACCAAAGUUAGCUAAACGUCAGCACUCAACUGGUGACAGUGACAUUUUGAAAGUGAGGAAAAUGCCGUCUGAGCAAGCGGAGUGUUCAAUGGCCUCGGCAGUACCAUGCUCAAAUAUUCCUGUUAAAACAGAGAGAGAGUCUGCCUGCAUCUCGAAUAAUGUUGGAAUUGUUUCGAUCGUUGAGCCCGUUGAAACAGCUUACAACUGUAAACAAUUUUGGCUGAGUUCUCAUAUAAAAGAUGUUGAAGUGGAAAGCAUGGACUGGGAAUCGUCUGAUGAUCCUGUUGUAGAAGGGUUCAAAUGUGAUGACGUUUUGCCCUCUGCCUGGCAUAUAGCUGUUGACACAAAUGUUUUGCUAAACAAUCUGGAAUACAUACACACUCUGAGAGACACUCGCUACCAAUCCUUUGGGGACAUUGUAAUUACAAUUCCAUGGGUGGUGCUCCAAGAGCUGGAUCACUUCAAAUCGGGUUCAAACAAAAAUAAACACUUGCAGCGUCCAGCUAGAAAUGCCAUUUCUUUCAUUCACAAGAGUCUGUCAAUGAGUCAUCCAAAAUUCACUGGCCAAUUUUCUCUCGACGAGGAAAUGAAAAGUAUCAAAAUUAAGAAUGAUGACUCUAUCAUCAAAUAUUGCCUCUCACUUCGAGAUGAAGGAAAAAAAGUAAUGCUCUUGACUGAAGAUAUAAACCUUUGCAAUAAAGCUGUGAUUGCAUCCAUUGAGUGUCAUUCCGUUGUUAGCUUGAAACAAUGGAUUGACUUGUCACAAAAAGAAGCUGAUAUAGAAGUGAAGCAAGAGGUCAAAAGUACUGUUGUGGAAUGCACUGAUGCUCCACUUGCAAGCAUAAUCAAAAGUGCCAAAAGAACAAUGGUAGACUUCCUUGGAAAGAUAUUGGAAUCAGAGAUGAAAGCCCAGUUCAAGGAAACGUGGUUAAGGAUUGUCUUGCUUCGACCUCCCUGGUCCUUUGAAGACAUCUUAAAAUGCUGUGAAAAACACUGGAUGGCUGUUCUAUCUUUUGUGUUCGAUGUUUCAGCUCAAAAUCUCAUCAAGGCUGCCUCGAAGUUGCCUGCAUUCAGAUACAGUCAAACAUGGGAGGCAAUAAGGAAAAAUGAGGUCAAAGAUGCAUUAAACCUUUGCUUUGACCUAAGCAAGACUGUGAAAUCUGCAGAGUACAAAAAAUUUGGUAAUCAAGCCGCUGAUGAGAUAAAAACGCUUUUGGAACAACUUGAAUCCGGAAAACUUAAAAAGGAAACCGUUUCUGACAGUCAAGUUGCUAUGCAGAUGGAAAGUGGCCUUGGUGAUCAGCUGAAUAAAAUACUUUAUUGCUAUGAUGCUUUGUGCAGUAAUGUUCGAGCGUAUUGCACGGAAGUCGAAUCAUUUAGAGUAAAUCCAAAAGAUCCCCAACUAACUCAUAGAGUAGAAAGUAAAAUCCUUACUUACUACAGACUGAUAAACUGUGUUAUUCAAACCAAUGACAGGCUACUGAAAGCUAACGGAGAUUUCCAAACCAAUGAUCUCAAAGAAAUGAGUAGUUUGUUGAUGCAUAGUUUGACCCUUGGAGACCAAGAUAGUAAUGGCAUAGAACCUGCAAAUCCUGAAGUGCUUGGAGAGUUUUAUGUAAUUAGAAGAGAGGAUUUACUACAAGCUCAGGUUUUCCUCAAAGACGCGCGUGCAUCCCUUUCAUGCGCGAUGGGCAUCUUGAAAGGUCGCGCUUCCCUCAAUCUAAAAAAUUAAUAUAGUUCAUGAUGCCUGCAAGUCAAUGAAACUGAAGACUGCCUACCAAGUAAAAACAAAAUCUAGUAAGCAUAAAAUAGUAAAAAUUGUUCUUGAAUUUCUGCAGUCGGAAAAAUGAGGCAAUGAAUUCAAUAAUCAAAUCAAAAGAAGAAAUUUGCAUUAUAAUUAAAUAUAUAGAUUUUUAAGCUUUUUUAAGAAGAUCGAUAGGGUUGUGAAACUUAGACGAUCGACUAUUUUUUUCUGGGCUUUGGUUUGGCCUGAAUUCAUCAAAUGUGCACGAAUCAUGAAAUUUCAAGACGAUUGACACCCACUUAAAAUCGUCUAAAACGCCCAAAACCGUCUAAAACGCCCAAAACCGUCUAAAACGCCCAAAACCGUCUAAAAGCGUCUAAAAAUCGACUAAAACAGUCUAAAAGUGUCUAAAACUCACCAUUUCGUCUCCUGGGGUCUGAUUCUGUAAGGCCAAAACGACCCGUCUUUUUG